UGUGAAUACAAACAAGUGACCAGUCUUUGCACUAAUAUUACCAACUGAUUCAGAAGCAACUUGCAGACUGCAACGUCAACUGGGAUUGUAUACUGUUAACGUUAGUGUUACAGUUACAAUGGCCCGGGUUCUUGGAGUUGGGACUGGUCUGUUCCUGCUAGCUGUCAUCAUUGUGCUGACGUUAUUCCUGUGCAUUGCCUUUACAAAGGCUGGAGGAGCUCUUAAGAAUGUGGCAGCUGGUAUUGUUGCGCUUGCUGUCAUUACGACAGUGAUUCUUGUGGUACUGCCACGACAGCCAGAGACAGCGGCAGAACAAGCAACAGUCAUAACAGAUGACAUGGUGAUCCCGAGAACAGUGCUUCUAGUCUUCAUGGUCAUCUUUACUCUCCUGUCCCUGGUGUUUCUCGUCAUCUUUGAUUACGUGGAGCCCAUCUACGCUAAGCCUAUCAGGACUAGAUAACAGCACUGAAAAACUCAUUCCUUCAAACUAACCAUCCACACAACUGUAUCAUCUUCAAAUUUGUUGUUACAAGGAUUUGGAUAAUGUUUGAUAUUUCAGACAACAGUGUAAAGAAAGAUCUCGAGUUGCACAGUGGCAAACUUGUAGAAAAAGAUCCCCAAGUAUUAACACUAUUAGUCAGUAUAAUGAGUUACCAGCAGUCACAUAAUGUGUUAGGCAAAGUUUAGGUCAAAGUUAGAUCAGAUACUGUAGAUACAAGAUUGUUUAUAUUUUCAUGUAAUCUGUGAUUGAAGUUUUCAUAAUAAUACAGUUUGUUGUUUGUGUUCAAAGAUACAGAUGUAGCACAAAUCAGUGUUGAUAUUUUGAUACAGGACUUGUAUAUAGUAUUUCUGUAUUGUAUGUUAUGCAUGUUAUGUUGUUUUUCAAAAUACAAGUGUGUACAUACUUGAUAUGCAUCAUGUAGUUUGCGUUAUAAUUUGUACAGUAUCAAUGGCUGCAUUCUAGCAGAUGGCAAUAUUAUUUAGUACUUAGUACUAGAACUACUUACCAAAAUCAUUAGUCGACCUGCACCUCUACAUGGGUACUGGUAAUUGCCAUGGCAACAGUUAAAUGAUUGACAUUUGACAAUGAUGAAUCACUUUAGCUGUAUCUGUAUAGCCAGUAUAACCGCCCUUCAGCACAACACACCAGUAACUGAUUACAUUACACUGACUGACCAAUGAGCUGGAAAAGAACUAAUUUGUGCAAAAAGAAAGUCAAAUUUGUUGAAAAAUAAUAUGAAACACACUUUGAUCAAUGUUUUUACCAUUUAUA